UUAAAACGAUUAACGCCCAAUAUGUAACGUUUUAAAGAAAUUCAGUUUUGACGGAGAAAGUGGACUGUUUUUCAAAGAUGGACUUAAAUUUUAUACUUUCACUUAUGACAAUGUUAUCGACGUCGAAAGUAGAUUCCUUUUUGAGACUUCCAAAGGAUGCUGAUAUUGAGUUCAAAGAGGAUAUCUACAUUCACAUAAAAGAAGGGAAAAGAACAAAAAGAUCAGCAGAUGAUAGUUUUCAUCCAGAGACGUUUGACCUUGAUUUUUCAAUGGAAGGACUUCCGGUUUAUAUACAUCUUAAACGCAAUUAUCAUAUUAAGCCGAACAUCCCUACUUUUAUCUUGGAAAGUGAUACCAUAACUCCCAGAGAUGUUUCUGAUAAUGAGGAAUCUAUAUUUUACCAAGAUUUCUUCAACGGAGCAGUUUUUGUUAUGCAGAGUGAUCGGACAAAUAGUAGCAGCAUGUUUGGAGUUUUUCAUGCAAAAGGAGUGGAAUAUAUCCUCCAAUCACAAGACAAACAUUCACCAAUGUGUCAAUUCAAACGAAGAUACAACAAAUUUCUCAUUUUUAAGGAAAAGAAACAGAAUGUAACAUUUAGUGAUCUUACGCUAAAAGGAAUGAGUCUUCUUGUUGUUUUUGUAGAAAUUUCCGAAACAACUUUAAAACGUGUUUCUCGUAAAAGAUAUAAACGUGGUACAGGAUCUUACCAACUAGAACUUCUAAUAGUGGUAGACUAUUCUAUAUACAAAUAUUGGUAUGACAAAAGCAAGAAAUCCAACCACGUUGAAAAAGAUGCAGAAGCAAUAAUAACAAUUCGGCAGUUUUAUGCGUUCAUUAUUAAUGGGAUGGAUGCCAUGUACAAAAAUAUUCAAACAAUAUCUUACAGUAUAUCAAUAACGUUUGCCGGAAUAGCCAUUUCCAAGACCAAAUCUGACUCAUCAUGGACAGAAUCAAUCAAGGUAACCAGUGUGAGUCCUUAUCAAGUUGACUCAUCAGAUGCCCUUACUAAUUUUGAGAACUGGGUACAGUCGAGAACUGGUAGCCUGCACGGACAUGAUCAUGCAAUGCUCUUUACUAGAUACGACUUAACUGCAAAUGGAUCUUCAUCGAAUGCAGGGCUGGCCUAUGUCGGUGCUGUUUGUUCAGCUAGAAGUCAGUCCAUUGUAGAGGACCAUUUCAACUUUGAAAUGUUAACAGUAGCCGCCCAUGAAUUGGGACAUAGCUUAGGAGCAUCACACGAUGGAGAUGGAAACGAAUGUAGUUUUAAUGAUUCGUAUAUAAUGGCGUCCUCCAAUGGUCCACAAAAACCUGGCAGUGCUAAAGCAACUAAUCCAUGGAAAUUUUCUUCAUGUUCUACCAAUUAUUUUACAAAUUACAUCAACACGUUAGAAAGUAAUUCAGCGAAUUGUAUGUUAUCCCUAAGUCCUAGCUUCAACGCAACAGCUCUGUCAGAAUUUGGAAAUGAUGUAGCAGGUCAGGUGUACGAUGCAAACGCACAAUGUGAAAACAUAGUCGGACACGGCUCGUAUUUGUGUACGGAUCGUUAUUAUGGUAAUUUCUCUACAAUUUGUACUGUCAUGUGGUGCGCUGUACCUGACAAAACUACUUAUUGUAGGAAAAAGUUAGCUGCUGAAGGAACACUAUGUGGAAAUCAGAUGUGGUGUGUUACUGGAAGUUGUGUUUAUGAUGUCAAGGCCCCCAAAGGAAAAAGUUCCUGCCUAUAUGGAGAUCGGAGAGGAAAGAUAUUUUCUAGUCGAGACUGGAACUGCUCUGAAAUCGCCAAGAAAUAUAAUGACAAAUGUCAACAGGUUCCGAGAGAAUGUUGUGACUCAUGCUCACCUUAUCUGCUGCCAAAUACAACUUCAUUGGUCACUCCUUCAUCGGGAAACAAGUCGAAUAAACAUAUCCAAUUGUCGGACGUAGAUGCGCAAUGCGAAAGUGCAAGAGGAGCUGGUUCCUUUAUGUGCAGAGGAUUAUAUAAAGGAAACUUUUCAUCUAUAUGUUCAAAAUUGUGGUGUUCAUCAAAUUCACCAAGCUGUUACAGGGCGUCGUCGUCAGACGGAACUUUAUGCGGCAAUCACAAGUGGUGUGUAUCAGGAGUAUGUACCACAGAUAUCAAUGCACCUCUAGGCGAUGAAUUCUGUUUAUAUGGAGAUAAGAUAGGACCAAUAUUUAAAAACAGAUGGACAUGUACAGACAUGAUGGAAAAUUCUCCUAAAACUUGUCAUAAUAGUGCCAUUAAUAUUAAGUGUUGUCAUUCCUGUGCUGCAUAUCUAAAAACUUCAACUGUCUCACAACCUUCGUCUACUUAUUCAAAUAAUAUAGAAACAACUAGUUAUAUAGCACCCUUUUCAACCAGCAUCGUGCCAUCCCUUACAUUAGGUGCAGAUGACCAAUGUGCAAGUAUUGUAGAAGCAGGAUCGUUUUUGUGCAGAGAACUAUAUCAAGGAGACUUUACAUCCAUUUGUACAACAUUGUGGUGUUCAAAUCCCGCCAAUUCAUCAGCAUGUGGGUCAGCUUCAGCAUUAGAUGGAACCUUAUGUGGAAACAUGAAGUGGUGUAUAUCUGGAAAAUGCAGGGAUGAUUCGAUUGCACCUGAAGCAGAUGAAUCAUGUUUGUAUGGAGAUGUAGUUGGAUCAAUAUUUUCGAACGGCUGGUCAUGUGCAGAUGUGGUUGCCAACGCUCCAAAAGAUUGCCAUCUAGUACACGUUGAUUGUUGUCAUUCCUGCGCGCCAUAUCUAUUAAACACACCAAAAGCUGAACUGUACAAUACAACUCAUGGUCUUAGUACGUCGCUUUACAGCUCCAUCGGCAGUGAUAUUUUGGAAGACACAUCAUACGUUACUCUUCCCUCGUCAAGCGACCAGGCUUCUCAAUCAGCUAGUAGUAAAAUACCACAUUCAAUCAACAGUUCUAAACAUCAUCAGUCAACCAUAUCAGUAAUACCAAUACCGAGUCAAAAUGUGUACGAAUAUUAUUCUUCUAGUCACGUGACAAACCUCCAGAGCAGUAAUAUGCCAAUAAGUCAUAAAGUGCCAUCUUUAGGCGAUCACUUGCAGACCUACACUACUUUUGUUCAAGCAACUAUUCCCAAUAAUAUAUUGUCAUCGCAAUCCAGCAAACACACGAUUCUAGGAAUUCGCUAUAUACCUUCUACAUCAACCAGAUAUUAUGUAAAUAGUUUACCAGGAUCGUUGAGUAGUGAUACAUUACAAUCUUCUGUCAAUUCUAAGAUACAAUCUACUGAAAUUAUUAUGCCAACUCAAACGAUGAACGUGCAACCAUCUUUUUCAAAAACCAACAACAUUCCUGUGCUUUGUACAAAAUGUGAAAUAACAGCCUCGACAGCAACAACGACACAAUUAACAACAACAACAAGCCAGAUUGAUGUUAUUAAUGUUGAUUCUGGAGCAGUUACGCAUACACACAAAGAGGUCAUCAGUCUCCUGACAAUCAAAGUUUCCAUAUUUAUAUAUCUGUUGUAAAACUUUUUUGGGAAUGUUAUUUCUUUCUAUUGAAAACAAAGUAUAUACAAAAUAUUGUGAAGUGAAAUUUCAA